GUUCAAGGUCAUUUUGUAGGUCGUUGAAAUAUUUCAAGCUUACCUGCCCAUGACGUGAGAAAUGAUUCUCAUAAUAUUAGUAGUAUUUUGGGUAGUAGCGUACAUUUACUUCCAUUUCAAGUCAAAACCGGACUUUCCACAUUUCGUUCCUGUUAUGAUAAUAAUAGGAUCUGGUGGACAUACAACUGAGAUGCUGUCAUAUGUCUCAUCACUCACCAAAAAAUACCAGCCGCGUACAUACGUAAUAGCAAAAACUGACGCUUUGAGUGAGGAGAAGGUUUUAAAUUGUGAGACCCGUCGUGGAAUUCUGUUUAAUAUCAAACGUAUACACAGAGCUCGUGAAGUAAGACAGUCAUUUAUGAGCAGUAUAUUAAGUGUAUCAGUCUCUUUCCUUCAUUCGCUGCCUCUUGUUGUCCAGUGUCGACCGAAACUACUUGAUUCCACACUUUAUUUUUGGUACAAGUAUGGAAUUUUCAGCGUGGAUAUCGGUAGCCCGAAUUUCACAGGCCGUGCGUCCCCUGCCGAAGAUUACUUAACUGGUACUAUGGUUGACUUGUUCCUCUGUAUAAUGCUUUAGUUGGGUGGUUUAUGCAAGAAUGAUUUUGUCUGACUUGAUUGACUGAAUGACAGACUUGGUGUAAGUGUGCAUCGUUUCAAGGUUUUACACUUGAGUCAUAUGUAAAAUUGGUAAACAAAAGUACACGGACACUUGAGCGAACAAAAUUGAGUGUGAUAGUGAGAAACUUGGUGAAAACAUCCAAACUCUUAAAAAUGACUAAUAAAAUAAAACAACGUUCGAACACACUCAUUAGUAAAGAAUACAUAUUUGUUGUCAUUGUUUUUUCCGUUUAAUAUAUAUGUUAACCCUUUAGUUUGAUAUAGAUAAUCAUGUUUGUAAAGUAUUCAGCUGAUGAGUGUUACCAGAAUUCACGAACUCAUUAAUUGUCCCUCUACAAUAACUUCUAUCUGUUUGAAAUUUAUUACGGGAAAGAUGUAUAUUCAGUUAUUAACUAGGAAAUGUAUCUCAGUAGUUAGUAUAAAUGAGGAUGACAUCUUUUCGUUCAUUAUCACUUUGCUGUUCUUAUCUGUUUACAUUGUGACUAGUUCGUAUAUUGUAUCCUGUGCGUUGACUCGGGUCUUGUUUAUUGUGCUUUAUUGAUAUUGCUUCCCUUAUGAGACUUUGUUUGUUUGAAAUCGACAUUUCUUUGUAGAUUCUGUGCAAUGGUCCUGGAACAUGCAUUCCUGUAUGCUUUGUGGCGCUUUUGCUUCGGGUAAGAUAACUAUCAAUUUUUUCAACGUCAUCUGUUACAUGUUUGGUCAAAGGCACUCGUUUUAUGGUGUUUAGGCAUCAAAGUAAAUCAUUUGCCAAUUUGGAACGAUCAUUCAUACGUAAUUGUAUUACUGUAAGUAGUUUGUAAUACUUAGGUGGCUUGGUAUUAGGGCUUAGUUGUUUUUGUUUAGGAUGCUCACAAGUUAAAUUACAAAAUAUUCGGUGCUGCGGAUGAUCCUAAAUUAAAUCAGUGGUUAUUUUAGGAGAGAUUGACUUGUUACCAGGGAACAGUCUUGUCGACUUAGCGUUUGCGGGUGAUAUUGUCCUCCUAGGCGAAGACCGAUAUAAUGCAAAGUCUUCUGAACAUCUUGAGCAGCAAUCGUUGAAUGUUUGACAUGUGAUUCACUCUUUUCAAAUGUAAGAUGAUUCUACAUUGACCGAAUCUAGUGUAAAGAUAGGAAGUGAAGUGGUUGGUGGAGCGUGUUGAUCAGUUCACUUAUUUGGGAAGUUGCAUCAGCCCCAACGGGUUGGUCGAUGACGAAAUCUCAGCACCGAUACAAAAGGCUAAUGUGGCGUGGUGGACUUACGUCACUUCUGGCGUAGAUGUGAUAUCUGGUUAUCGGCCAGAGGACGUGUGUAGUGCACAGCAACUCGUUCCGUUCUCAUUUAUGGUUGUGAGAGAGCCAAUGAAAGUGGAAGAUAUGAAGAGGUUAGCUGUCUUUGAUGCUACGCUUCUGCGUUCUGCCUCCCAUGUUGAGUGGUAUAAUAUGGUGAAUAAUAUUGAGGUUAGGUGUACAGUGCUAAGCAAGGAAGGGAAGUUAGUGGAUGAGGUUGCGGAGCUACAUCAACUGAUGUAGCUAAUGCAUGCAUUUUGCAUACCAGGCCAUCGCAAUGUUAGGUAACAUAGGAUCAGGUCGGAAAAGAGUUAGAGGUGGUCAGAUCAAAACCUGUCGUCAAUCCAUGAGAGAGGUGUAGGCUGGCUGGUAGUGUUCGCCAGGAUGCUACGGACCAGAGACUUGGGAAUAUUGAUGAUAUGGUCGUAAAGUGUUCUCGGUGGUGCAGACUCAUUUACUUUUUAUGUUCUUUCAUAUCCCUUAAACCCUAAUUUUUUUCCCUGUUAAUAUUCUUUUUCCUUAACAUUUCUGCUAAUUGUGGUACUUUUGAAUCCCUUUCUUUUCUCUAAUGUUUGUCUUUGUGUUCUAAGGUAUAUGUUGAAACUUAGCCAGUCAGUUACUUCAGGAUCCUAAAUAAUUCUUAAUGUAUUUUUUGUUUGCUAUGAAACUAGACACUAUUUUUUGGGGUCUAGUCGAGAAUUCCCUUAAUACCUUAAUGUGGGAGGUUUCUCUGGAAUUCUGUUUUAUAAUUGAAGUGUCAUGUUAGACAGUUCUUAUACAUAUGGGUUCGAGCUGAACUGAAUUUUCAACGUAGAACUCUGCACGAAAUUGUAGCAGUUCAAGUCGCCAUACAUAUAGAAGUUGUUAAAAGGUCCUGUAGAUACUGCAUUAUUACUGAACUUAUAACUAAGUAUUAUCUAUUGCGUCUGUUUUAAUUUAAAUACCAGCUUGUAUCCAUAGGUUCCAUGAAGCCAAUUCAUUCAGUUAGUGAGUCUUUUCAUGGAAGUAGCAACCGUCUGUUAUGCCCUGGUAUUUUCUGUCGACAUCGAAGUAAGAAUCCACAGUUUGUUAGUAUUAAAGGACUUGACGAAAUCUACAUAUUAUAAAAUGUUCAUAUUCAGGUUAAACUUAUACCGACCGUAAUAUAGUUUGAUGUUGCCUGAAACAAAAUUAUUAGCAGUUAACGAGAAAUCUUUGCUAGUAGCUAGUAGCAUUAUUACCGCUCAGUUCCUUUCAUCCGCUUGAUGUUGAUGAUCAUUCAAUCUGUGAUUAUAAUGUAACAUAUCAGAUAAAUUGAACUGACUUAUACAGCUUUUAGUUAAUGAAAUAUGUUAGCAGCUUUUAAGUGAAAUAUGUCUGUCUGUCUGUUUUCGACAUAGAACUUUGCACCGAUGUGCGGCAGUUCAAGUUGCCACAUUCUAUGUACACACAAAUCAAGAGAAAAAAGUAGGAGAAAUGCAUAAUAGAAACAGUAGACAGGGAUAUGAGACAAAAGGAAUAGUAAUAACGAAGAACAAUAUAGUUUCGUUGGAUAUUGUAAGUCACAAGGAGUGGAUGCAUCCGCGUCAUUGAGAACGAUUUGAGCGGUAUCACCGAUUGCUUCCAACCAUUAGUUUUUACCGUCCCGAUGACCCCAACCAGGAAGUCUACACCUUCCUACGUGGCCGGCUUAAACUAACUGUUGUAGAUUUCAUUGACUGGUGAGGCCAUGUUUUGGUUUGACCACCGAUAGCCCUUUUCCAGCCUGACCCUAUGUCAACUAACAUUAUCCACUGUCGAGGAAGGCGAUGACUAGGCUAGGCGUGCGUAACACAUGUCCUAACCAUCUCAGUCGAUGCAGCUACUUCACAACCUCGUUGAUUGAUUUCUCCUCCUCACCUAGCACUCGACACCUAACCUCAAUAUUGCUCACCCUAUUAUACCACUUCACAUGGGAGAUAGAAUGCAGGCACCUAUGGUCAAAGACAACUAGCCUUUUUCAUAUCCUCCACUCUCACUGGCCAGGUCUCACAGCCAUAAAUGAGGACGAAGCGGAUUGAUGAGCAGUACACACGCCCUUUAAUUGAUAUCCAGUUGGAUAUCACGUCUACUCCAGAGAUGGCGUAAACUGGAAUACGAGAAACGAGCCUUCUGUAUUGGAGCUGAGAUUUCGUUAGUGAUCAACCCAUCGGCAUUGGCUGAUGCAAUUUCCUAGAUAACUGAAGUAGUCAACACGCUCUACCACUUCAUUUCCUAUUUCUAAACUAGUAGUCAGUUUAGUCCAGUCCUGUAGCACCAUCUUACAUUUGACAGGAGCGAAUCGCAUGCGAAACAUUCGCAGAUUGCAGCUCAAGGUGUUCAGAAGACUCUGCAUUUUGUCAGCGUCUUCACCUAGGAGGGGGGGACUAUAUCAUCUACAUAUUCUAAGUCAACGUGAUUAUUCCCUGGUAACAAGUCGAUCACUGAGUCAGUAAUAUUGGGUAAUGGGCGUUUUUGUAGAAUGUUAGAUUGUUGGAAACCUUGGUACACGUUUUUCCCCUAUCAACCAGACGCGUCAGAAUCUUAACAUAUUCCUAGGCACAUCCAUAGUUUUAAAUGUCUGACUUACAACAACUAAAUCUUUUAAGAUAAAUAUUAUUUGUUAAUCUCAAAAGUGAAAUUUCAAAAAUGCGUAUAUUGCAGUAUGUUUCAAUAGUUCUAUUCAGUCGAAUGUAUUCUUUUCACAUCUUUCUAAAUCUGUACGUAGAUUAUUCUUUGCAACUGUAACUACAAAAUUUAUCAGUAUUAAUUGACUGUUGGCUUUUAGCCCUGAUGUGCCUCUAAUUGGCCGGGAUUGUUUGGCGGUUAUUAUUCUACUUUUUUUUCAAGAGAUCUUGAUAGCUUCAGAUUCUCGAAGUGCAUCUGAUCAUUGGCACUAUUUGGAGCUUUACAGAAUAAAGAACAAGACGCUACCUGGUUUCGAUUUCGCUUCAAUCGGCGAGCUGCAUAUAUAACUGUUCGUGUAAUAUUACGGGUCUACUCACUCUAUUUUUAAUCAUACAUGAUUUUAUGGUAAGAAGGUUUGUAAACAUGUUCUGUUUUUGAAUUAACAGGUACUUGGACUACAUUCAAGUCUAAUAGUCUUUGUUGAAAGUAUCUGUCGUACGAAGACUCUAUCCUUGUCUGGAAAAAUUUUAUAUUAUACUCGUUUGGUGGAUAUUAUUGUUCAAUGGCCUGAGUUAAAGACUAAAUACCCGAGAUCUGUUUACCUGGGACUUUUGUCUUAAAGUGGCCUACAUAUAUGACCGUGAUAUUUUGCAUAUUUUUUGUAUUUCUUUAUAUUGGAUUCUUAUUGUCUAUGUAUUUUAAUAAAUUCUAAAGAGAA